GUUAGUGAGAAUGAGGAAGUUUAGGGGGAUUCAGCGCAGGGAGAAGGCGGAAGGAGCAGGGUGCUGGUACCAGCUGUGCCAGGGACUGACCCACACAUCCGUCCUUAGAGAAUGAAUUACGUUGGGCAGCUGGCUGGCUCUGUGCUGGGUCGUGUACGGGAGCUGUAUAGCGGGGUGAAUCCAGCCACACUUUCUGGCGCUAUUGAUGUUGUGGUGGUCAGACAGCCAGAUGGCUCUUUCCGCUCCUCACCGUUCCAUGUGCGCUUUGGGAAACUUGGAGUACUGCACUCUGCAGAGAUUGCGGUGGAUAUUGAGGUGAAUGGGGAGCCCGUGGAUCUGCAGAUGAGACUUGGAGAAAAUGGAGAAGGCUUUUUUGUCCAAGAAGUGGACAGAAUUGAGAGCACAGAAGCCCCCUCUAUCUCCAUCACCUUACCAACAGUUCAUCAGCCCUCAACACCCCUUCUAGGGAAGAAUGAAACAUCACUGACCCCCAAGACCCCCAAGUCCGUUCACACAACACCUGAUUGUGACACCCCCACAAGGAGACAGCGCUGGGUGAAAAGAAAGAUGAAAAGGAAAGAGGAUGAAUCAGAAGGAGACGUUGAUGAUGAAUCUACACUGCCUGCUUGUGAUUCCAUAUAUUUCUCCUUUGCGGAUGUGCCAGAAGACAUCUCUCAUGAACUAUCCAAGGGUUCCUUUCCAGACUCUGAAGACGAGCACAGGAGCAGCCGAUCACCAUCGCCAAAAAGUGACUCUGAGCUGGAAAUGAGACCCCUUAAUUCUUCCUCUUCUGAGCAAUGCAUGGAGUGGGACUGGGGAAGACUGCCACAGGUUAGCUGGCCUGAUCUGGGACACCAGAAAACCCAGUCUGCUCCUCCAAGCCCCACCAGCAGAGAGGCCCCUCAACUUCCUUGCAGUGAACUGGACAACAAAGACAUCUCUCCUGUGGUGACGGAGAUAAGAGAAGGAGAACCUCAUCUCAGUGUCCUAGAGAACCAUAAGGAGGACCUCUCCAAUGGGCCCCCAGCUCUGGCUCCAGAUACUGCCUUGUCUCCAGCUUCUCAGGAAGUCUCUCUGUACUUCCCAAACAGUGACCCUUACCCAUUGCCACCACCUGUUCAAAACAAUGGAAACAAAGAUAAACACGUUGAGGACCCAGAAGCACUAGGGGAACCCCAAGAGGCCUGUAUAGCUCUCUCACUGUGUGGAGGUCUGGCACAAAGCUGGGAAAUCCCAGAGGACUGGUUCCAGAAGCAUCAAAUCUCCUACUCUGAAUUCUGCCAAAACCCCUCAAUCAUGGAAGAUCCAAGGCUGGUGUUGAGGAUACAAAACAAAUACUAUAACUGGGCAACGGCAGCCCCAAUCAUUUUGUGUAUGCAGGUGUUUAACCGACAGCUCCCACAGGAGGUAAUUAAUCAGCUCACACAGCAGAAGAUGCCCAGAAAUCGAGGCUGGUGGUUUUCCUGGCGCAAAAGGGACAUUGGUCCGCCGGUCACCAAACCUCCAGAAUGUGAGGAGCAGAAGGAGGAGGCCAGUUCCAAUGGAUUAAAGGAGGAUGGGGAUGUCAGAGAGGCACCAGUGGCGGCCCCAGUACAACCUUUAACGUAUCAGAGGUCCCUGCGUUUGACAUCUGAACAAAUAAAACGUUUAAACCUACACAAUGGAGCCAACGAUGUGGUGUUCAGUGUCUGCACAAAGUUCCAAGGGACGUGUCGUAGCCGGGCGCAGAUCUACCUGUGGGAUAGUGAAGAUCGGAUCAUCAUCAGUGACAUUGAUGGUACAGUGACAAGGUCAGAUGCUCUUGGUCACAUUUUGCCACAGCUUGGGAAGGACUGGACGCAGCCCGGAAUAGUUCGACUGUAUCAUGCCAUCCACACGAAUGGCUAUAACUUCCUGUACUGUUCUGCACGCUCGGUGGGUCUGGCCGAACUCACAAAGAGUUACCUCUGUGGGGUGAAUGAGGGGGGCUGCACACUACCCCCAGGACCCCUCCUGCUUUCCCCCAGCAGUCUCUUUGUUGCCCUGCACAGGGAAGUUAUAGAAAAAGCACCCGAGCGCUUCAAGAUUUCAUGCCUGUCAGAUAUCUGCCAGCUCUUCCCGGACCCCCAGCCCUUUCAUGCUGCUUUUGGGAACAGACCCAAUGACGUCUUGGCCUAUAAAGAAGUGGGAGUUCCCGAAUCUCGAAUCUUUACUGUGAACACAAAGGGAGCAUUAACUCAGGAACUGAAUCCCUGCUUCAAAUCCUCGUACUCUGCAUUAAGUGAACUGGUCAAUGUCAUGUUUCCCCCGACUACAUGUCGCUCCGCCUCAGCCCUGCUUUCCCCAGAAUUCAGCCACUUUUUCUUCUGGAGGGACCCACUGCCCAGUCUCAGCGAGGAGGAACUGACAAGGGUUUCCUAGCGCCGAGAGAUCUUGUACAUAAGGACUCGCCUCCUCCUUAUUAACCCGGAACCUAGAGCUCAUAUUUUAGGGUUUCAUGGGAAGCGGCUGCAGUUAAACAGACUUGCUACAUGGCAUCUCCAUCGGAUAUUGUAGGGUUCUGCUGGCAGGCCAUCUGGUGCCAUUCGUAUGCAUAGUUAUGCUUAAGGCCUUGGGAAUCCCAUCACUGCCUCCUCUUCUGCACAAGGCAAAGUUGCUCCGGGCUUCCUGUUGUAGAACUAUAACAAACCACACCACAACAUUUCUCCCAAAAAUGUCCUGUGUCCUUCAUCUGUGUAUGUUUGUGUUUAAAAGCAGUCAGUGUUAAAGUUAUUGUGAGUUUGCUGUAUAAAUAUGUCUGUGCUUUAUGUGAAUACUGAAUGGUAAUUGGCCCAUGGGGCACUAAUAACAUCAAUAAAGAACCACACUCCUGUCAAUUUA